AUGGCCGCACGACUGCCCAACAAGACAAUCCUACUUCCUCAUGACAAACAGAGACGAUAUCUCGUUGAGCUAGACGUGUUUCACCAGCUACACUGCCUUAACAUGGUCCGUAAAGCGCUGCAUCCCGAAUACUACGUACCACACACACCCGGCCUUCAUACUGGUGAUGAGGACGAGCUACUCGGGCCACAUCAUAUCGACCACUGCAUUGAUGCCAUCCGGCAGUCUCUUAUGUGUAGCGCCGACAUCAGUUCGUUGACGUGGAGCUGGGACGAGCACCGGCGCCGACACAUGGAACGGGGCACCGUCCUCCACACCUGUAAGCGCUUUGACAAGAUCCAGGAAUGGGCUCGUGCACAUACGGUCCGGAUGCCAUUUGACGCUACCUAUAGAGAGAGAAAUGAUCCUCUAGACCCAGAGACAUGGGAUUGA